AAUUCAUAAUUAUUUUAUUUUCUAGCGUUCCUUGUCCUUUUAACAGUUCGCCUCACAGCCUAAAGCUCGGAAUACUGAACAUACACAUUGGGGCAGAUUCAAUUAAAAACGAAAAACGUAUCUAAAUUCAUGUUUAGUUGCUUCCUAUUCAGUUUUCAGUAUAGAAAGCUGAGGUAUUUGAACUAUACGCGGCCUAGGUGGUCUUUUUAAUGGGAUAAGGCGAGAGCCGACUGACAGAGGGGCGGGGACUAUCUCAUGUGGGCGGGUCACUUGUAAGACGACAAAAAAUACCCCACGUGUCAAAGAGAAGCAAGAGGGCGUGGUUACGUAAAUACAACCCUGGCGACAGAGGGAGAAAAAAUAGCGGUAAAAGGGCGUGAGCUUGUCUGACAGGAUGAAAAAUGGACGUGAUUCCUAGCGUUGAGGGGGCGUGGCCCCGGCUUCGCAGACCCGGCCGUGGCUUGGGAGAACCCCAUAGUAUAGUAUGGCUGCGUCUGGUGGAUGUUUGUACGGACUGCUGGGCUGCGCGCUGUCUUUCCUGCUGCUGCCCCUGUCCUGCUGCGCUGCUCGUACCGACUCUCCGCUUCACGAGGAACUGCCGCUCAUCCUAGGCUUCCGCUUGGAGAGAAGUGACCGACACUCCGCGCUGUCCCCGGAAGGGGAGCUAGAAGUAGUGGAAGGCAGUCGGCUGGAGCUGCGAGUUUAUGGCCUGCACCUGCGGGAGGACAGCGGGCAGCUCCUGGCAUUCACCGAGUACUCCCCGGGCUCUCAGGACAACCGCAGCUGCCUGGAGGACAGUAGGGACUUGGUGGUGACCCGGCUGAACGUGAGCGAGGAGGGAUUCGGCGCGGCGGCGCUAGUGCGCUUGGAUGUGCUGCCCCUGCGGAAGAGCCAGAGCUCCCGGGUGUACGUGCUGUGUACGAGCCGAGGCCCCGGGCUGCCCUGGAAGUUACACGCGGGACCGGACGGGAGGCUGCGGGUACUGGAGGAGGAGAAGCCGCUGCUGCCGGUCUGGUUGAUGGGAUGUAUUAUCGCCGUGUUACUUGUACUCUCCGGGAUCUUUAGCGGACUCAACCUGGGGCUGAUGGCGCUCGACCCCAUGGAGCUGCGGGUGGUACAACGCUGCGGGACGGACAGAGAGAAGCGCUACGCGUCCAAGAUCGAGCCGGUGAGGCGGAAGGGCAACUACCUGCUCUGCUCCCUGCUGCUCGGCAACGUCUUGGUCAACACCACCCUCACCACUCUGCUCGACGAGCUCAUCGGCUCCGGCCUGGCCGCCAUCCUCGCUUCCACCAUGGGCAUCGUCGUGCUGGGGGAGAUCGUGCCCCAGGCUCUGUGUUCCCGCCACGGCCUGGCUGUAGGGGCCAAUACCAUCUGGCUCACCCGCAUCUUCAUGUUACUCACCUUCCCCGUGGCCUAUCCCGUCAGCCGCCUGCUCGACUGUGCCCUCGGCCAGGAGAUCGGAACCGUCUAUAACCGGGAGAAGCUGCUCGAGAUGCUCAAGGUGACGGAGCCGUAUAGCGGUCUUGUGCGUGAGGAGAUGAACAUCAUACAGGGGGCUCUGGAGCUGCGCACCAAGACCGUGCAGGAUGUCAUGACCAAAGUGGAGGACUGCUUCAUGCUGCCCAGCGAUGCCUUGUUAGACUUCAACACAAUGUCCAGCAUCAUGGAGAGCGGCUAUACCCGCAUCCCCGUCUAUGAGAACGAGCGCUCCAACAUCGUGGAUAUCCUCUAUGUUAAGGAUCUUGCCUUUGUGGACCCCGAUGACUGUACCCCCCUGAGUACCAUCACCCGCUUCUACAGCCACCCCCUCCAUUUCGUGUUCAGCGACACCAAGCUGGAUGCUGUUCUGGAAGAGUUUAAGAAAGGCAAGUCCCACCUGGCUAUCGUACAGAAAGUGAACAGUGAAGGAGAAGGGGAUCCAUUCUACGAGGUGAUGGGAUUGGUGACGCUGGAGGAUGUCAUUGAGGAGAUUAUAAAAUCAGAGAUCCUGGAUGAAUCUGACUUGUAUACUGAUAACCGCAGUAAGAAACGCGUCAAGCGUCGCCAAGACAGGAAAGACUUUUCAGUAUUCAAGGACUCAGACAAUGAAUUGAGGGUUAAAAUCUCCCCUCAGCUCCUCCUUGCUGCCCAUCGCUUCCUAUCUACAGAGGUUUUCCUGUUUGCACCUGCACUAAUCUCUGAGAAGACCCUCUUGCGCUUACUCAAGUACCCCGAUGUGGUCCAGGAACUGCAUUUUAAUGAGGAUGAUAAAAAGGCAACAGAGAACUUCCUGUACCAGCGCAGCAAGACAGCGGACUACUUCAUACUUGUCCUGCAGGGGAAAGUUGAAGUAGAAGCUGGCAAAGAGAAUAUGAAGUUUGAAUCCGGAGCCUUUUCCUACUAUGGUGUUAUGGCCAUAAACACUCCAUCAGCUACUGCUCCUGCCCAUCCCCGUACCAUCCUUAAAAGGGGCUCUCUCUUUUCCAGGUUAGCAGAACUUCGUUCCCCAUCCCACAUGAGCAGCCUCAAUCGCUCCAUCUCUCUGAGUUGCCAUGAGAGAUCUGACUCCAUCUCCUCCACAAUCAGUGGCAGUAAUACUCAGCUCAGCGCUCAGGCACAGUACAUGGCAGACUUCAGUGUGCGAGCCCUGAGUGACCUGCAGUUUGUUAAGAUCACGCGUGAACAGUAUCAAGGAGCCCUUAUGUCCUCUCGCUUGGAUACCAGCCCCCAGUCCCCAGACGGAGGAACUCGAAAGCUCGAUAGCACCUUAUCAGAGCGCAGUGAAGUUCUGGAGGAUGAGACCACCAGCCUUCUGAACCAGAGGAACUCUCAGCACAGUCUGCAGCACAAUGCUGUCUGACACCACCAUCUGCGUCUGCUUAGCAUUGCUCCACCACAGGGUUGCAAUUGCGCCCUCUGGAUCUUCAUUUGCCCCUAGGCUUACUUCGUUAUAUGUGACAGGUUAGCGGAGCGAUUGCAGCAUACAGAGCUUUAAUCCCUGGAACAACACUUGGCCUUCACUUGGACAGAAGGUGAGGAGAGAGCUCCGCAUGCAUCCCUGGGAUGGACACUUUAGUUAGGAACAAUGUUUGGAGACGCAGGAGCAUAGAGACUUGUCAUCGUCAGGAGUGUGAAUUUGACAGACCGUGUCUCUGCACCACUCUAUUAUGGAUACCAUGCUCUAUAUAUCAGUAACUCAGGGAGGGAUUUACGGUUCUAAAUGUGCACUGGAGACACCCCCUCUCCUAAUAAGGAUCAUGGGGGGGGGGGGAACCUAUUUUUAUGUCUUCCUUUUGGUUUUGGGAAAUAUUCAGUCUUCCUGUUGGUGUUUGCAGCUUUUCCUGCACUCGUCUGUGGAGUGUUCUGGUAGCACAUGGUCAGGGCUGAUAUACAUUGCAGUCGCAUCCACUCUGGCUGCUGACGGUAUGCACUUAUUAUUUUCUGGCGGUCCCUCCUAAUGAUGGGCUCCCACGAGACGCAUAUAAUCCCAGUAAGCAAGCGAUAUUGAGGUAACUGGAACAAUUAAGUAGAGCUUUCAAUGAGCUUCCAGCAGUAUUUCUCUCGUUCUGUUCAGGCUUCAGUCAUUCAGGCUCUCUAUUUAACCCUUAUCCAGCAAUAAGCAGAUCCUGUUGGGUCAACACGGAUGUUGUAGAAACCAACAUGUCACAUAUAACACUUCUAAUGCUUGAAGACUGUAGAUCGAGUGUAUUCUUGGUGGGUAAAAUGCAUGCCCCCUCCUGCCUCUUGUUUGUAGUGCACUCUGGGUAGGGACCCCAGAGUAUGUUUUACAGGCUGCUGGUUUGGUUUAUUGUGUUCUUGUUCAAUCUUGGCUUUUAUGUUCACUUAAUUGUUUACAAGGUUUCGUCCAAAUGAAAUGCAAAAUCCCACCCAGAUUCUGUGACCUCUUUCUUGGGUAUACGCUCACUAGCCCGCUUAGGGUUCAUUAGGGGGUUCUUACACUGUAUGACACAAUAACACGGGGGCCAGUUUUUAUUUGUAAGUAAAAAUAAAAGAUGCUUCUAUGCAAGGUGAACUGGCCAGUUAGGUCUUUGGCUAUGUUGAACUGCUAUACACAACAACCCAUACUUCAGCUCCGUGCACCUGUACAAAUAUACCACCUGCAUUGUUAAAGUGCUCCGUUCAGAUAUUCAAAACUAUGUGUAUCUUCUUAGGGAAGGAAAUUCCCUUUAUUGAUAUGAUUUUUCUUAAAAUUUUGCACGAUAAGAAGCUGCUCCUAGUCCCAUGUUGUAGGACCGUGAUAAAGCACUGCAUGGUGUUAUCAGAUGCCUGGUAAAUUUAUAGCACUCGUUCAUAAAAGUGCAAGAGGUGCUGCUGUACUUUCAGGCAGGCAAGGGGCUGUGUAUUAGGGAAGGCGUCCAAUGAGAAUAUUCUUGCUGAUGAUGGCAGCUGGGCACUAGCUUGAUGGAGCAUAGUCCGGUCAUGUAGUUUGUAGAUCCAUAGUCACAUUGGUUCACCGGGGCUCUGACCAGCAUGUAGCACAGCUGAAUCAGUUUCCCAGGCAAACAAUGUCACAUUUUGGACACUUCACACACCAUUUAGAAGACAAGGAACGCCAUAAUGCUUUUCAGUAUGCACAGCAAUCCCCACUAGCAGCUAUCCUAGCAUGACGGAAGCACAUGGCUUCCAGUUUAACUCUGAAAAUUCAUGUACGUUACAAAAUACUCUUGCACGUAGAAGCAGCAUGUCGUUUUCUGCAUAAGAUCCUCACAUACUUCAGAAUUCCUUCUCCCAGCUGCUAAUUGGCUUAACAGCUGUAAGUCUCUCUCCCAACCCUUCUCUGUUGCAGUGUACUUUGUCAUGUGCUUGCCCUUUAAUCCCACACAAAUAUGUGGGCUUAACCAUUGCUCUCCUCUCGCAGGUUCCUUAAGCAUUUUUCGCUGUGCUUUCUUAAAAAUCAGAAUUAAAGGGGGAACUUUCAACAAAUCUCAAAAAGAUGUUUAAAAGUGUGUUUGUGUGUGAUAUAUAAAGGUUUUUUUUUUUUAGCAUUUUCUGUAUCGCUCUCUAUGCCUGUCUUGGAGCUUUGUCUGCUGAGCUGCAAGUGGGAGCAGAUUUCUGCAGGACUGGGGGGGGGGGGGUGCUUGCUAAACUGCUUCUGAACAAUUGUAUUCACCUUGCUCCUGCACUCAGGCCAAUGGUUUGAAACGAAAGAGGUAGUUUACCAUUAAUUUCCAGUGAUCGUUUGAUAGUCUUUACUUUCCAGUUAGGAAUUUCAGCAACUGUCUUGUUGCUAAGGUCUAAUUUAUUUAUUAACAACCAGGGAGUUCUAAAAAGCAACCAAUAAAUAACACGCACUCCCUGUCCUGCAGGGGACCGACUGACUUGCAGCCCAGCAGAAGGACAGACUCCUGAGAGGCAUUUUUAGGCACUAGGGCAAAUGCUUAGAUCUGGAGCAAAAUAACCCUGAGAAUUGUGAAUUAAAUAUAUUUACAAAGGUCCCAGUUUAUUCUAUAGAAUUAUUUUGUGAUCGUUCCCCUUUAAGUAAAAAAUCAAGUCCUUUAAAUUAGCAUUUUAUAUUCUAUGUCUAAUGCAACAUCAGCAGUGAUUAGUUUGCAUAUAGAUCAUACAGAUACGGUGGUUCUCUUAAUGCCCCUUUGCACUGUAUUCUCACCGGCAUAGGGGUGUUGGCCUUUUCUAAUGACCUGCUGUUGCUUGAAGAAAAAUAAGUGAACGGCACAGUUCCAGUAUUGCACAAGUAUUUUGCUUCAGUUCUGGGAAUUCCAGUAGUGAACGCGCACGAGUCCCCCGCUGUCUGCCGUGCAGGUUCCAACAAGUUAAACUUGCAUUUCUUGGAUGAAACUGACCACCUUUUACCUACUUUUUUUCCAGAAAGGACCUGCUUAUAAGUGAACUUUCCGGAUACAAUAUCUGCACAAGCCAUAGCCUUUUUUUUUUUUCUCUUUGUUUUUGCUUUAGGGUCAGCUGCUGUGUGUAGGGUGGACCCUCCUGAUCAGGGAAUGGGAAAUAACACUUUGUACUGUUUGGGGGUGGCUUUCUGCACAAAAAGGGAAUCGUUUCCAAAUAUUUAUUUAUUUUUUUGGGGUUUUUUUGCCUUUUACAGAUGGAAGGAAUGGUACGAUUUUUGGAUGGCUGUAUAUUCUAAAUUGUUUAAUUAUUAAAGAGUUUAUUAUUUAA